AUGAUCGAUAUCAACGACGAACAGGAAAACACCGGACUACCACCACCCCCGCCGCCGCUCUACGACCACCCACAUCUUCGACAGAGGAACAAUACAACGAGAAGAAACAACGACCAUCUGGCGGACCACCAUCAUCCACUCUCAGACCAAUCGACCACCAAUGCUCUCUCACCCCCAUCCGCAGAGCAGCAAGACCUUUCAGACUCCCACGAGCAACCGAGCCAAGAAGAAAACAUAAUCAGGAAUCCAUCCGAGCCAGAGGGGCAUCAAGAAGAGACUGACCAAGAACCAUGCGCUGAGAAACCGGCUGAAGCAACAAAGCAAGCGGAAGACAAUGAAGAAGCGGACGAGGAGGCGCUCUGCAGGAUCUGUCUGAGUGGACGGGACGACGCUGAUCCGAGCCUGGGCCGGUUCAUCCAGCCCUGUCUGUGUCGAGGGACGAUGGCCUUCAUCCAUGUGGGUUGUCUCCAACGCUGGCGGAUCACCUCGCCCUCCCCCAAAUCAUUCUAUAGGUGCGACCAAUGCGGAUACCGAUACAAACUUCGCAGAGCUAAGAUCGCCGGGCUGGCUGAGAACCCUGCCAUCUUGGGCGGUGUAACAUUCAUGGUCUUCUUUAUCCUAGUCAUCGUUUCCGGCUUCAUCUCUAGUUGGCUCCUAGAAAGUUACUCUCAAAUAACGACCAUCGAAAGCCAUUGGGACACUGGUCUGGGCCCGUUUUCGUACGAUUCGACGGGCAAGAUCGUCGGGGAAGUCGUUGGAGAAGCCGUACGUGUUUUGAACAGUAAGCUGCACGUAGACGACAGCAGAUCGUCACGAAAAGCAGCCACGACGCCGGUCCGUCGGUCCAAACUGGUCACCCAAUCGCAAAGCUCGAGCGAAGUGAGCAAACUAAAGCCGAUCGAAAGUGCCGAGAGCGAGGAGCAUACGUACCGGUACGUGCGCUCCAAGGGGCGGAAGAAUGGGCAGGAUGCGAGCCCUGAUCAGCCGCUGGCGGUCUACUCGACUCGGCCGUCUACCCGAGCCAAUCCAGCGGGCCAAUCAUCGACGACGGGUCCGCGGGAGGAUGAGGAAGCAGACGAAGAGGCCGGCGAGCCAGGGAACAUAAUCCACUCGAUCCUGAGCACGGUGUUCAGCAAGCUUGAGGCGCUAAUCAAGCACACGAUCAAAGGGCUCGCGUUUAUCGGGGUGAUGAGCUUCUUCCAACUCGCCAUGUCUGUCACCCUCUUCUCGCCCUGGAACUUCGGCAUCCGUAACUCCGUCCUCCGCAUGAUGCGCUCGGGCUCCUCCAGUCGCUCCUCCGCCGGACGCGCCGCCGCUGACCCUAACGGCAUCGGAAGCCUCCUCAUCCUCAUCUUCGUCCUCCUUGGCGUCCUCAAAGCUAUCCAAUCCGUCUGGAAAUUCGUCAGGAAAUCCUCCCAAUGGGCCCUCCGAAAAAUCGAGGACGGCGUCCUCGAUGUCCGGACCACUUAA